CACCCAUUGUCAAUAUGGCUAUAUUAUCAUAAUUAAUUAAUUAAGUUGCCCCAACUACAUUAAUUUUUGUUGUACGUAGUAAAUAUUUGUUAUUAGUUAAUUUGUUUUUUAAAUUUCUUGUCGUUUUGCCUAAUAUACAUAUAUAUAUAUACCACAUACAUUAUGAAAUUAAUCUAGGUCAUGAUCUCUAUUGGAAAAUGGAGGUGGGAGAUCUGUAUAAAGCUGGAAACAGCUUGAGAAGUAGUAAGGGUUCAUCAGUGUGGAGAGGCAAUAAUAAUAAUAAAGAUGAGUUUUUCUCAAAGUCUAGAAGAGAAGAUGAUAUAGAUGAUGAAGAAGCUCUUACUUGGGCUGCACUAGAAAAGCUUCCAACUUAUGAUCGUUUAAGAAAAGGGAUUUUGACUACUUCUAAAGGAAAGCCAACAGAGGUUGAUGUAAUCAAUCUUGGUUCUAAAGAAAGAAAAGAUUUGCUUCGUAGAUUGGUUAAUGUUGCUGACGAAGAUAAUGAAUCUUUUUUGUUGAAGCUCAAACAACGCAUCCAAACGGUUGGAAUUGACCUUCCCACUAUUGAAGUGAGAUAUGAGAAUAUUAAGGUGGAGGCAGAUGUUCAUGUGGGAAGUAGAGCUUUACCUUCAUUCAUUAACUUCUGCGUUAAUAUACUCGAGAUGUUGGUAAGCUUUCUGCCAAUAUUAAAAAGCAAAAAGAAACAUGUGACCAUACUUGAUGAUGUUAGUGGAGCCAUAAAACCAGGAAGAUUGACAUUGCUGUUGGGACCUCCAAAUUCUGGCAAAACCACACUUUUAUUGACUCUAGCAGGAAAGCUUGCCUCUGAAUUAAAGUUUUCUGGAAGAGUGACAUAUAAUGGACAUGAAAUGAAUGAGUUCAUUCCUCAAAGAACAGCUGCUUAUAUCAGUCAACAUGAUGUUCAUAUUGGAGAAAUGACUGUAAGAGAAACUCUCUCUUUUUCAGCAAGAUGCCAAGGAGUUGGAACUCGUUAUGACAUGCUCGCUGAAUUGUCUAGAAGAGAGAAAGAAGCAAAUAUCACACCGGAUCCAGAUAUUGACGUCUUUAUGAAGGCAGCUUCAGCAGAAGGCCAAGAAUCAAGUGUGAUCACAGAUUAUAUUAUUAAGAUUCUUGGCUUGGAAGGAUGUGCUGAUACAAUGGUAGGGAAUGAAAUGUUGAGGGGUAUCUCUGGAGGACAAAAGAAACGUGUCACAACUGGGGAGAUGCUCGUCGGGCCAGCAGGGGCAUUGUUCAUGGAUGAGAUUUCAACUGGCUUAGAUAGUUCAACUACAUUUCAGAUUGUGAACUCACUCAAGCAAUUUGCCCACAUCUUUGAAGAAACCAUUGUCAUCUCUUUACUACAGCCUGCACCAGAGACUUAUGAUCUUUUUGAUGACAUCAUUCUUUUAUCUGAUGGUCAGAUUGUGUAUCAGGGUCCACGUGAAAAUGUGCUUGAGUUCUUCGAAUUAACUGGUUUUAAAUGUCCAGAAAGGAAGGCUAUUGCUGAUUUUCUUCAAGAGGUAACAUCAAGAAAAGACCAGGCUCAAUAUUGGGCAAGGAGUGACCAACCUUACAAGUUUGUAACUGUCAAUGAAUUUGUUGAAGCAUUCCAGUCGUUUCACGUUGGAAAGAAAGUAGUUGAACAUCUUUCAAUUCCAUUUGACAAAACCAAGAGCCACCCAGCUGCUUUGACAACAAAACCCUAUGGUCUCAACAAGAUGGAGCUCUUGAAAGCAUGCAUGUCAAGAGAAUUCUUACUCAUGAAAAGAAAUUCCUUCGUCCACAUCUUCAAGAUUGUGCAACUUGGUAUAUUGGGGCUGAUUUCUGCCACAAUAUUCCUGAGAACUAAGAUGCAUCACAAAACUUUACAAGAUGGUUCAAUCUACCUUGGUGCUUUGUUCUUCUCCACGUUGAUGAUUAUGUUCAAUGGAUUGUCUGAGGUACCUAUGACCAUUGUCAAGCUUCCAGUGUUUUACAAGCAAAGAGAUCUUCAAUUCUUCCCUGCUUGGGCGUAUGCUCUUCCAUCAAUGAUUUAUAAGGCCCCUGUUGCUUUUAUUGAAGUACUAGUUUGGAUGACCAUUACAUACUACAGCAUUGGGUUUGAUCCGUAUUUUGGAAGGGUUGUUAAGCUAUAUGUUCUCUUUGUCAUUAUUAAUCAGAUGGCCUCAGGACUGUUUCGAGCUAUUGCGUCAAUUGGUAGGAGCAUGAUCAUAGCCAACACAUUUGGGGCAUUUGCCUUGCUAUUGCUUUUCGUACUAGGCGGUUUUGUGUUGUCUAGAGAUUUCAUCAAAGGUUGGUGGAUUUGGGGUUACUGGAUAUCACCAUUGAUGUACGGUCAGACUGGAGUUGUAGUUAACGAGUUCAAUGGAAACAAAUGGAAACAUGUUCCACCAAACUCAACAGAAACUCUUGGGGUUCAAGUUUUAAAAGCACGAGGAUUCUUUACUGACUCAUAUUGGUACUGGCUUGGGUUUGCGGCGCUGAGUGCAUAUGUUGUCAUUUUCAACUUUGUGUACACUUUGGCUCUCACUUACCUUAAUCCACUAGAGCAGAGACAAGCUGUUUCGAAUGAAAAUUCUGAGAGUGGUGAUAUCCAAAAUGACGAAGAAGGAGAAGUCAUUGAAAUGACGCAAAGACCAAAAAACAUGGGUGAAAAUCAGAGUAAAAAAAAAGGAAUGAUUCUUCCAUUUGAACCGCAUUCUAUUUGUUUUGAUGAUGUUUGUUACUCAGUGGACAUGCCUCAAGAAAUGAAGGGUCAAGGUGUGGUUGAGGAUAAAUUGGUUCUGCUGAAGAGUGUUAGCGGUAGCUUUAGGCCUGGUGUCUUAACAGCACUGAUGGGAGUUAGUGGAGCUGGUAAAACCACAUUGAUGGAUGUGCUUGCUGGUAGAAAAACUGGUGGAUAUAUUGAAGGCGAUAUUCGAAUUUCGGGUUACCCAAAGAAGCAAGAAACAUUUGCACGAAUUUCUGGAUAUUGCGAGCAAAAUGACAUCCACUCACCUUAUGUUACUGUUUAUGAGUCACUCCUAUACUCAGCGUGGCUUCGUUUGCCGUCUGAAGUUGAUAUGGAUACCAGAAAGAUGUUCAUUGAGGAAGUGAUGGAGCUUGUGGAACUCGUUCCACUUAGACAAGCAUUAGUUGGAUUGCCUGGGGUGAAUGGUCUCUCAACUGAGCAGAGAAAAAGGUUGACAAUUGCAGUUGAGUUAGUGGCAAACCCUUCUAUAAUAUUCAUGGAUGAACCAACUUCAGGACUAGAUGCCAGGGCUGCUGCUAUUGUUAUGAGAACGGUUAGGAACACAGUGGACACUGGCAGAACUGUUGUGUGCACAAUUCAUCAACCAAGUAUUGACAUCUUUGAAGCCUUUGAUGAGUUAUUUCUAUUGAAGAUUGGAGGAGAAGAGAUAUACGUGGGACCAUUAGGCCGCCAUUCUUGCCAUCUAAUCAACUAUUUUGAGGCUAUUGAAGGUGUGAGUAAAAUCAAAGAAGGUUACAAUCCAGGAACUUGGAUGUUAGAGGUUUCGAGCUCAGCACAAGAAAUGGCUUUGGGUGUUGAUUUCGCCAACAUUUACAAGAAUUCAGACCUAUACAAGAGAAACAAAGAACUGAUCAAAGAAUUGAGCACUCCAGCUCCUGGCUCUAAGGAUCUUUAUUUCCCAACUCAGUUCUCACGAUCUUUGUACACUCAAUGCAUUGCUUGCUUAUGGAAACAACGACAGUCAUACUGGCGAAACCCGCUUUACACUGCUGUUAGAUUCAUGUUUACCACUUUCAUAGCCUUGAUGUUUGGCACAAUGUUUUGGGACUUGGGAUCUAAAAGGUCCAAUAAACAAGAUCUCACCAACGCAUUGGGAUCCAUGUACAGUGCUGUUCUGUUUAUUGGUGUCCAAAAUUCAUCAUCUGUACAACCAGUAGUUGGCGUAGAAAGAACAGUAUUUUACAGAGAAAAGGCUGCAGGAAUGUUUUCAGCUUUUCCUUAUACAUUUGGACAGGUGGUAGUUGAAAUUCCAUAUAUUAUCUGUCAAGCUGUAGUUUACUGUUUGAUAGUAUAUGCAAUGAUGGGUUUCGAAUGGACUGCUGUAAAGUUCUUUUGGUAUCUCUUCUUCACCUUCUUUUCGAUGCUUUACUUCACUUUCUAUGGCAUGAUGGCUGUGGGAAUCACUCCAAAUAAUCACGUUGCUUCUAUUAUUUCGGCUGCCUUCUACUCAAUAUGGAACCUUUUCUCUGGAUUUAUCGUUCCUAGGACUAGGAUACCGAUAUGGUGGAGGUGGUACUACUGGGCUUGUCCAACAGCGUGGACCUUGUACGGACUGUUAGUAUCACAGUAUGGAGAUGUUGAAGAUGUGAUGGAUGCCGAAACAGGUGAAACUGUGAAACAAUACUUGAAAAGCUAUCUUGGAUACAAACAUGAUUUCAUUGGAGUUGUUGCCAUGGUCAAUGUCUUCUAUGGUUUGCUCUUUGGAGGCAUCUUUGCCUUGUCUAUUAAGGUUUUAAAUUUUCAGAAUAGAUAGAGGCUCCUUUCACUUUCUAUAUUUCUUCUCUAAUUUUAUGUUUUUGCUUCCAUUUUUUUAAAUUGCCAUAAUGUAGGCACUUGUGACAAAAUAAACUAUAUGUUUUUCUGUUAGCUGCAAUAAUUUUUAUAUAAUUUGGUUUUGAAAGCGAAACAAUUUUCAGUCA